CCUAUCUGUACUUAGAACACAAUGAACCAAAGGACCGGUCGAUGCAUUUGAACUGCACAAUGCAUGACCAGUCGGAGUAUGACAGCGCCGACGGGCAAUCUCGCUGCUUACAGAAAAAUGAGUACAUAGUUCCGAAAUGGCCAAAAAUAGAGUUAACAUCGGCUUUCAAGGAGGAUAUAAGAAAAGCCUUCAUGAUGUUUGAUGAGAACGGGGAAGGAACAGUUACUGUGGAUGCAGUCAAGGUGGCAUUUCGUGCUCUCGGCUAUAAUACGAAGGCCAGCGAAUUCAAUCAAUUGCGUCAGCAACUCAAGGACGUGGGUGGUCGUGUGGAUUUUGGCGAAUUUCUAAACCUGCUUACGGAUCGCAUGCUGGCUCUGGAUGACGAUGUAGACAUAGCGAAAUCCUUCGAACUCAUGGACACUGGGAACAAAGGAUACAUUAAUUUGGAAGACUUGCGUAAGGCAGCGGAAACUUUGGAAUUAUCUGAGGUGUAUGAUGACGACUUUGCUGCCAUGCUAUUGGGUGCCCAGAUCAGUAAUCUAGCAGCGGAGCUGCAAAAGUCAUUUGAAGAACAUCAGAAGCAGGCCCGAAUACGCAACGGGUUAUCGUACGGGGUGGGCGUUAGUGGCGCGGAGGCUGUAGUUGCAAGUGCCUCCCCGGGCGACGUAGCGGUACUGUCUGGAGUCGCAGGCUACAAGCGGACUCGGCGACUAUCCUCAAGUGGACAGCCAAACCCCGAAAGUCUGACAGUGAAUCUGGAGCAGUUUACACAUUUGAUGAAGAUUACCAGGCCACCCGUGGAAGAUAUCAGGUUGCUAUGAGUAAAUGACAGUCUCUGACGUUCAUGAAAACGUUAAUUACGCGAAGCAAACACUACAAUAGAUUGGAAAGAGGAAAGAGGUGACAUAAAGUAUAUAUCUUACAAGAAGCAGCAAGCGG